CGCACUUCCUCCACUGUCCACUGCGAGAAUAGACUAUAUAAACCUGCAAAAACGGACUCUUCCUGAUACACUUACAAAGUCUGCAAAGAAGCAAUCCAUCGCUGCUUUGUCUCUCUGCGAUCCGUCACAGAAGCUUUAGGAGCGAUACUGCUCUGCCAACGCUGGCAAAGCCAACAGGAGGUCGCGACGCUCUAUAAAAGAAACAUUCCGUCUGCAGUUUCCUUGAAAUCGAACAUGAAACUCCAGUUAUUUGCCACAGAUUUACUACUUCUGUGCAUAUCUUGGGGAGCAAGUGCGCUGGCAACGAGCAUACCUGCUGCGUCAACGUUCGCGCCAGGUGCCAACAUCACCGGGCUUGGCGCGGCGCGCGGCCACGGAGAAGGCGAAACAGUUUCCAAAACCAGAAGGAAGCGGUAUAUUAGUCAGAAUGACAUGAUUGCCAUCCUCGAUUACCACAACAAAGUCAGAGGCAGAGUGUUUCCUCCCGCCUCCAAUAUGGAAUACAUGGUGUGGGAUGAGACUUUGGCCAAAACAGCAGAGGACUGGGCACAUGCUUGUCUUUGGGAACAUGGACCUCCUCAUCUUCUCAGGUUCCUGGGUCAAAACCUCUCAGUCAGGACAGGACGCUAUCGGUCCAUCCUCCAGCUGGUGAAGCCCUGGUACGAUGAAGUGAAAGAUUAUUCAUUUCCAUACCCCCGUGACUGCAACCCAAGGUGCCCUCUUCGAUGCUAUGGGCCCAUGUGUACCCACUACACACAGAUGGUCUGGGCAACAUCUAACAAAAUCGGUUGUGCUGUCCACACGUGCCACAAUAUGAAUGUAUGGGGUGCUGUGUGGAAAAGGGCAACAUAUUUAGUCUGCAACUAUUCACCAAAGGGUAACUGGAUUGGAGAAGCUCCUUAUAAAGUUGGCGUCCCAUGUUCCGCCUGCCCUCCCAGCUACGGGGGAUCAUGCAGCAACAAUAUGUGCUUCCCAGCGCUCAAGACUAACUACCUGCACUGGUUCAAAUAAACACAACCAACAUGAGCCGACAACCCACAGUACCACAAAGACAUUGUUUUUUUUUGUUUUUUUAAUCAAGUAAGGAUUUGCACAACAGUUGAGCAAAAAUGCUUUUCUGUAUAUAUGGGCUUAUUUAAGGAAAGACGUAUACAACUGAAGGCACCUGAUGAUUUUAGUGACUUGUGAAUAAUCUGUAAAUGAGUCAUGUUCUCUUUUGUCAGUUUCCUACAUAAAUUAGAAAUGAUGAAAUACAUAAAUAUAUUUAUAUGACAAAUGGGUCAUUUUAACAGUGCUUACUUUAUGCGGUAUUAAAACCCAUUGACAAUGUGGUAUUUAUAGCAGCCAUCACAGCUCCUCAUUUCAGUUCACUUUGGUGCUACAGGUAUCACCUUCAUGAUGGGUGCUCUGCCUACACAAAAAUGUUUUGAUCAAACAGGACCAAAGCGUUUGACCUAAGAGGGGAACCUCCACUUGCAGCGUUUUCAUGCCAACAGUGACUUGCCAAGUUCACUAAUUUAUCAUAACUUGCCGGCUUUAGGUUGAGUUGUCUCGGAUUUUUAAGCUAGGCCUACCUUUCUGUCACAAUCCAGUUCUGGCUUCAGUCUCUUGUGACCAUGGUGCAUGCAUUAAAUAAAGCUGACUGGAAAGACAUAGUUUUGUAGGCUGAUGUCAGCUCAGGAAAACACUUGUGUUUUGAAAGACCUCCUGAAAUAUUAAGCAGUACAUUUUCAGUUUUAAUCUGCACUAAUUCACCUCAAUGUCAUAUCAAUGACAAUCCUUUGGGGCAUUUUCACAGAUUUUAUUCACAUAUUUUGUAUUUAUGUUAGACAUAGGUCUGACACAUAUCUGCUCUGUGAUAACAUAAUAUAUCACCAUGUAAGUUUACUGGUUUAUUACAUUCCUUCAUGUGUAUUGAUGUUGUUUAUAUUUUGAUAUGAUCACUCAUUUAGGAUUCAGGCACUCAAGUGCACCUUAAUUGUUUGUAAAUUUCUAAAAUAGCAAAAAAAUAAAAAGAGUGUUUUUUGAAUGUGUACAUAAUCAUACCUUGACUAUGUUAAAAAAAAAGGUUAAACCGUAAGUUAUUCAUUUUUGUAUGUUUAAGUUAUAUUAAUUUUGUAUUGUUUUGUGAAAUGGUAGCAUAUAUUCGACAUACUGAAGAGUACAAAAAUAGGAAGAAUCACAUUUUCAGCACUGACAGUUUUUAAAUCAGCAAUGAUAUUAAUGCUGUAAUGUCAGUUUUUUAUGUGUUGGACUUGUAUUAAAAUGUUUAAUUUUAUCGUUCA